CGCCCGACCGCCACCUCCGCCUGGCCGCGGCUCACCAGGCAGUGUUGUGGUGGACGCGGUGUGGAGAGCAUCCAUGUGAACGUUCGUCCCGCGCGCACUCACGCCCGCGCCCCGUGCUGGCCAAGCGACGCAUCUGUAGGCCUCUUGUGUAAUCAGAAAACAUACGGUCAUGUACCAGGUGUGGCGCACCUUUGGGAAGAAAUUUAUAUAAUGCCGUUCUGUUGGCGUGUGAAUAAAUCGUAUGUAAUGAGGAUGUAUGGAUGAUGUAAACAUUUAUGUGAGAAGAAAAGUACUGUUUCGGUUAUGGAAACAGGUAAGUUGUGAGCUCAUUGUCAAAGAGCGUCACACACUUUCGGUAAUAAAGUGCCUCUGAGGCUUAACGAGGAAGAGUGCUGCUGGUCAUCAGCUGUCAGGAGUGCCACAGCCAGUUAUGUGGGGCCGCGGCACACCUAGCGGCCUUAGGACCCCUGGCCCUACGGUAGGAGGAGGCGAAGGCUCUCCUUCGAGCAGCAGGGCGUGGGCGGAGAAUUUCCCAGAGUGUGAGCCAAACAAUCGCACGUGACCCGACGUGCCCCCGCCCACGAUGACGCUCAUCGUGCCCCCAGGGGAGGACCUCUUCGCCUCCGAUGGGGACAGUGGGUGUCUGGGCAGCUCCCCAGACGAGGGGGGGGAGGGAGGCCUGCAUGUCAGUGAAACCUCGCAGGUAUUCCUCAAGAAGGAACUGAAGCGAGUCUCGCUGACAGAUGAAGUGCCUCCUGCCCCGAAUGGACAGGAUGUGCCCGUAACCACAGACGGGCAGGACGCGUCCCCACCCUCCAAGGGCCAGGCCAUGCCCCCCACCCGAGAGGGGAAGGAUACUAAUGGUGUAAAAAGUGAUAGCGAAAAUGUGCAAUACCAAAGCCGUGUGUACAAUGGAUCGUGCCACAAUCAGGACGGAAAUUGCGUGCGUGAUAGCGAACACAAGGUAAUAAAAGUGGGCUUGGAGGGCACAUGCCCGCCCACGCCUCGCCCGGUGGUAUACGAGUCCCAUGUGAGCCUGGACGCUGCCCCUCAGUGCGCAAAUGGUGACCCCAGGUCGAAACUGGAGGGGCCCGCGUUAGUGUCGGUGCCCAAGGUCCUUGUUGCCUCCCAAGUGAACUCGUGUCAGGAACAGGGCGUGCCUGAUGCGUGCAUUCCUCUCGCAAGCCAAACAAAUGUGUCUGUGAUGCAGCUGGUCCUGCCCGCCUCCAACCCCGACGCCAUAGCCAGUGGCGACGUCGCCGAAGUCAAAGCCCGAGAUUUGUCAGGGAAGCUGGAGGAAAGUGACGACGUCGGGGAAGGGGGCGCGGCGAGGCCUUCCGGUGACGGCGGUGGUGAUAAAACCAGUGAUAAAGCUAGUGAUGUAAGAGGUGGGGAAGACAGUGGUAAGAGUGACUCGCCCAGUGAUUUAGGCGGUGAGAAUGGUAAAGGAGAAAUUAGCUCGGACAAUAAAGAGAAGAACAAUAAUCAUUCUGGCGCAAGUGACUUGACGAAAAUACAAGACUGUGUAAAUAUCGGAGAGAUCUCAGAAGCCAAAUACAAGCGUGAUAGCUCUGACGAGCAACAGUUAUCCCCGAAGGCAAACAGGAAAGAUAUCGACAUUCACGCAGCCAAGCAGAAAAUAAAUCUCCUGAGACAGAACUUCCUCUCGUCGCUUUCCUCAGACGAUGGCAGUGACACCGCUGAUCCCCUCCUCUCCUCGCCUCCCGCUGGCCCCCCCACCCCCAGCCAGGGGGAGGAACCGGAAGGAAGAAUUUCCUCCAAGAAGGGAGCGUCGGCGCCCUCUGAGACAAGGGUUGAGCCAGCUGAUGAGCGACCAGCUGGCAGCGUGGAUGCCGCCCAGCAGGAACGAGAGGGAAGCACAUCGGAAGAGGCUGCAGGUGACAGCUACUGCGCCCCUGCGGACAACGAAGCCCAUCGCGCCGACCCCACCGUCCCGCCGUGUGAACCUGCUCUCGUCUCUGAAGUGGUUGCUUGCUCGCGGGGCGUCGGAGAGCACAGUGCCACGCCGACGAAGGACCAGGGAGACCCUGCGACGACUCCCGAGGGCGGAGACGUACGUAGAAGUGCGGGUCAUAAUACUGAGAGCGAGACGGUUCCCAGCUCUGCGUGGAUGGGCCCCAAGUGCGGUAAGGGGAUCACCGAGUGUGAUAUUACACCCGGGACAAACCUGGAAGGUGGAACCACGGUAGACUCCACCGCUGUGGUCAACCUCCACCCCCAUUCGGCCCAACUGCCACCAACGCCGCCCUCGUCCCCUCCCGGGGAGAAGUCCCACACUCGGCCGCCAUGCGUGAAAGGUCACUCUGCAAACUUAGUAAACAAGUUGAUGUACGAGUCCAGUAAGCAUCGGCGCGGAAACGAAGGUGAACAGACGAAGGAGGAGGUGAUGGUGUCAUCCUGCCCUAGCAUUUUACAGACGCCCCCCCAUGUGGGAGAAGGCGAGGAGGCGGCCCGGCGGGCGGAGAGUGAGUGCGAGAGUCAACCCGCGCCCCCCCUGCCAGCACUUCCACUCGCGCAACCGCCUCGACAACAUGGAAAUCCACACGUGCAGCGCCCCUCCGCCAACGCUCAUUGCGGAACGCAGGACCAGUUGUAUCACCAGCUCGCACUGUCACCCGGAGGAGGCGCGGGGGAGGACCGCACCCAAGGCGCCCACCACCUCUCUCCACCUCUCCUCCGGAGGGACGCGGGGGACCUGCAGGAGGGGGAGCACCAAGGAGGCCUCCUGGUGGCACUGACGGGGGAAGCUCCUUGCUGCGGCACCUACGACGUCAGGCUGACGCCCGGCCACGCUAGGUUAGCAGGACGUUGCGGCAUAGAACAGUGCCAUUCUCGGCAGUGCUGUGUGGCGGCAGACAGUGCCGCAGUGACCAGCGCCGGGCACUGCGCGAAACAGUGCGUCCAGAUCGAGCCCGACCCUCGCGGCGAGAGGCAGCCCUCCUGCGCCUGCCCGAGACCAGGGCUGAGAACUACCUCAUUAGGCCCCAAGCAGAACUUCGUGGCCUCGUGUGGCUCGCGGCGGUGCAGCGGAUGCGACCGAUGCAGUGCCAGUGACAGUGAGAAUGCGCUGGAGAGUCCCUCGUGCUGCAACGAGAUCUCGUGUCUCCAUUACCUCAACCUUGAGCCCGGAGAUUUGUUAGACAGUGACGCAGAAUAUGAUAUCGAACGAAAAAACAGACUGAGAGCAGCGUGUGAGGACAUCGCGCGGGCACUCAACACUCUUCCACCCCCGCAGCCCCCGGACUAUCCCCCGCCACCCAGGGGCGUCUCCAGCUUCUCCAGGAGCCACGCGCCGGCCCCUCAGUAUCGAGACCAGCAAGUGGAGGCCCACCUCUCCGAUUCGGAGGACCAGCAGGGCGUCGACGGCCUCCAUGUGCACAUGAGGAGCCGUGGCACCAGCACGGCGUCCGAUGAGGAGCGACGGAGCAGCGUGUACGACAACUGCGGGAUGGACGGGGGCAUGUGUGAGUGUGGCCAAUGUCACGCCAGCGACGUAGAAGACUACACGCGCGUCUCUCCGCGUCUUCCCGCCAUCGCCCGCAAGCGGAAUCGUGGCCGCAAGGAAACGGACCGCUCCAGCUGUGGCAGUGAGCGGGACGCGAGCGACCGCGAGCUCGAGGACGAGGGUUUCCGGACGGACGCCGGGGAAGGGUGUCGCACGGACGAGUUUGAAGUGUGCACAACGUCUGCGGAGAGGAGUGCGACUAUUGCAGUGGCGAUGACGCCGAGGACGAGGACGAGGGCACGUGCUACAUGUGCAAGCAGAGCCAGCUCAUAUCCCCCGCGUGCAAGCAUCCGGGCGUCAUAACGAAUGGAAUCCUCAAGUCCCUGAGCGGGCGGAGGGCGAGCGAGAAGGAAGCAGUGCGCGUGCCCCGACAGAGGUCGCUGGCGCUCCAGGCCGCCAUUCACCGGCGCCAGCUCACGCGGCAGGGGCUCGGCGCCAUCCGGGAGUCAAGCAUCACCAGUGACGAGUUGGCCGAGUCGGAGGAGGAGCGCUCCUACGAUGGCAGCAACUGCGACAUCUCCAGCAGCUGGAGGUUCGGGCUGUGCCGUGACGUGACUGCCUCCAGGGACUCCACGCUGCGCAGCGUCAGGAGCGAGAGAAGCUCGGCCUCCCUUCCGUUCGACAAGUCCAGACAGAGACAUAAAGAGAAGUCGAAUUCCCUCCCCGGCGCCAACUCUCGCGGUCUGGCCGGGGACGCGUCCGGCCGGUCCCUAGGGGCUGGGGUCACGCCCCUUCGGCAGGCAUCCACUUCGGACGACGAAUCGGGCUCGCACAGUUCCCUGCCUCGUCUGCCGCCGCGUCCCCCACGGGCUCCUCGCAUGCGGCCCCCCCUUACGCCCAGCCCGCCUGCGGCAGGUACAGGAAUGCCACCCCCAUCGCCUAACAGCCCUCGGCCUGCCAUGGGGCUGCAGGGGCUGCAGCAGCAGCGCUCGCCGGGAACUCCGCGGGCCCUGCACGCGUCGGGCCUCCCUGUGGCUCCGAGGACCGUAGCCCCACGCAGCCCCAGCAACCCCAACCCCCCGUACGGCUUCCCUGGGACGGGCAGCGGCACAGCCUUGCUGUGUCCCGGCAGUCCGAGUCUGACGGGGCACCAUUCCACGCCCUCCCCCGCGGGCUCCGAGGGCGCGCCCGCCUCCCCCAGGAUCAGCAGUCGGGCGGGUGCGCUCGUCACCCGCAACUUCUCCAUCAGCGACGACGAGAGCGGGGGGCGGUGGGCGGGUGGGCGGCGCCACGUGACCAUCACCCGCCACGAGAGCGUGUACCGGGAGGUGGCCGAGAAGGGCUACCACCUCCCCCCGGGCUCCCCCGUCGACCCCUACUGGCUUACCUGGAAGCUAGGUGUACUGCAGAAGACAGUGGAGGAGGUGAGCGGACGUCUGGAGGAAGCGCAGAAGACAGUAGACACCUGGGGCGCAGUUCCUCAAGAUCCUAACCUCGCUGACCAACACGUCCACAACGUCAGGAAAUUCCGUGAAGGAUUAGCAGAACUGCAACGUGGUGUCGAUGAUGUCAACGACCAAGCAGCCCGCUUCUCAGCCCACAAUGUGCCACUCACCCCUGCAAACUCUGCCAAACUGCACGACCUCAAUAAUAGAUGGAAGACAUUGGAGACAACAGUUAAUGAUAGGUGGCGACAGGUGGCUGGCAGGUCAAGGGAGGUCACGCCACUCACUCCUGCCCAGCUGGCGUCAUCAGUGUCCCCACCUUGGGAGAGGGCAACCACUAGCAACAAAGUGCCUUAUUACAUCAACCAUGACCAGGAGAGCACCCACUGGGAUCAUCCUACCAUGAUGGACUUGCUAGAUUCCCUGACAGAGUUUAAUCAUAUCAAAUUCUCAGCUUACCGCACAGCAACAAAGCUGCGAAUGCUGCAGAAGACUCUAGCUUACCAAGGCUGGCAAGGAUAGAGAAACAAUUGAGGCUGUACACUUCCUAACAUGGGUACAGCAAGAACCACAGUCCCUUGUGUGGUUGGCUGUUUUGCACCGAGUAGCUGCCUCUGAGAACAUUCAGCAUCAGGUGAAGUGCAACAUCUGUAAGGCUUACCCAAUUGUAGGCCUGCGCUACCGUUGCCUCAAGUGCCUCAGCUUUGACAUGUGUCAGAGGUGUUUCUUUGAUGGUCGUAGUGGGAAGAGCCAUAAGAUCACUCACCCCAUGCAUGAGUAUUGUACAGCUACAACAGCUGGUGAAGAUGUCAAGGACUUCACAAAAGCUUUGAAGAAUAAAUUCAAGUCAAAACGUGCUUUGCAAAAGCACACAAAGAAGGGAUAUUUACCAGUGCAGACUGUACUAGAGGGAGAUCCUUUAGAAUCCCCAUCACCGUCCCCACAGCAUAACGUCACUAGCCAGGACAUGCACUCAAGACUUGAGCUCUAUGCUUCUCGCUUGGCUGAAGUGGAAUUGCGAACAAAUUCUAACUCUACGCCUGACAGAUCUCUUGUCUCCUCUCUUAGCGAGGACGAACAUGGGCUUAUUGCCCAGUACUGCCAGUCACUAAGUUCUUCGGAUGCUCCACUGCCGGUACCACGCUCACCCCUGCAGAUCAUGGCAGCUGUUGAUGCUGAGCAGAAGGAUGAACUUGAACAAAUGAUCAGGGCCCUCGAGGAAGAAAAUAGUCAGCUUCAGGCUGAGUAUGAUCGUUUGAAGUCACAACAGCCUGUAGGUUCCCCACCUGAUGAUGGCCUCUCAGGGCAGCGUUCUGAAGCAGACAUGUUGGCAGAGGCUAAGCUGCUCCGUCAACACAAGGGACGACUAGAAGCUCGAAUGGGUAUCUUGGAAGAACACAAUAGGCAACUAGAGGCACAGCUUCAUCGACUACGACAGUUGUUAGGCGAGCCUGGUGGAAUGAGCUCACCAAACAAGUCAGGAACUCUACAGACCAAGUCAGUCACUGCUAGUCAACUGGCCAUGGAUUCUCCUGCCAAAGUCAAUGGACAUUCUAACCAAGGGGGUGCCAGCAGUGCUUACGAAGGGUUAGACCAAAUGAGCGAAUAUGUACGACCGCCACCACCCCCAAUGGGCAGUGUUGCUCAUGUGGGCAACCUCUUCUCACGUGCAGCUCCAUACAGAGGUUCUGGAUGGCGACCUGGGGAAAGCGGUUGGCACUCUGGUGGCCACAAUGACCCACGAGGGGGCGAGCGACUUGCCUAGCGAUGAGGAGGAAAGAUCUGAAGCCUCAGACACUGAAGAAGAGAAGGCUGUGUAACUCCUGCUGUGCAGCUCAACUCCUCGCCUGUGGCAGGGUUCUUAUCUUGGCAGCAGCGAAGAUAUUCACUGCUCCACAUCCUGCAGUUGGAAAUUUUUACUUGGGCAAUUAGGAUAUUUGUAAUGUUAAUUGUUUGAGGCAGAUGACAUGCUAGGUUCUCUCACAUCAUCUCUCUUACAUCCAUAUCAGUUUUUAUACGACCUUGGUAGAUUAUUGUGUACAUCACCUCAAGGAUGAGAGGGAGACUAGCGGGUUUGCUGCUCAUUUUGCUUAUGCACAACUCAGAGGAUAAGUGAAAUUUUUCUGUUAAACUGGGUAUAUUUCAUGACUACAUAUGACCCAUUUUUAUGUUAAUAUUUACUAAAUAUAAUAUAUAACUAGCAGUGUAUGCCUGAAUCAAAAGACAGGAUUCGGUUUUGAAGUACGUGUUAGGCAAAUGAAAUGUAUAGAUAUGUAUUAUAUAAAGAAUAAAAAUUACCAAUUCUCAGCUUACAUAUAAAACAAGUAUAAGCGUUGUAGUCAUGUGUCAAUGGUGCAAAGAAGAAUACCCUCAAUGUGAUACCCCAGUUUUGAAGUUGAAGUGUCAUUAUUCUAUGCCACGUUUGUAUUGUAGUAAAGGGCUCUUGUUCAAAUUGAUUAGAGCAGUUCUUCAAAUUUUUAAAUCAGCCUUUAUUGCUGACUCAAGUGACCAUAUGUGUACAUAUCAUAAUUCAUAAAGUUAUAUCAAAGUCACAUAUUGCUAUAGAUAUAGUUUUUAUGAACCUGUUUUCCAGUUGUUAUGUCUCGCUUGUCAUUUAAUUACAUGGAUGCCUUAUUUCUUAUUUGUGGCUAUUAUGUAAGAAGGCAGUUAGCUAACUUUUGAGUACUCUCCUAACUUACUGCAAUUUGAGUUGUACCUUUGGUUUGAAGUGGAAAAAUCAAGGUCAGGUUGUUUGCUCCUUAUUCUAUUCUUAAUAUUUGACCAUUGCUUAGAAUUAACUAAUAAAAAGUGGCUAUGAUGUUGAAAA